AUGCGGGCCUUGUGGAGCAGGCGGGGGCUGGCUGCGGCGUCCUCGCUGGCCCUCGGCCUGGGGCUGGGAGCGGCGCUGCCCGGGAGGCGGCGGGGGCCGCCGGAGGAGGGAGAAGCGGCGGGAGGGCUGCUGGCUCGGCUGCCGGUGGUGCCCGUGGCGGCGGCGGCGGCGGCGGAGAGUGGGUCAGGGGAGCUGGCCAAGUACGGCCUGCCGGGGCUGGGGCAGCUGCGGAGCCGGGAGUCCUACGUGCUGUGCUACGACCCGCGGAGCCGGAGCGCCCUCUGGGUGGUGGAGCGGCUCAGCGCGGCCGGCCUGAGCGGCGCCUCCGAGCGGGCCGCCUGCGACUUCCGCGAAGACGACUCGGUGCACGAGUACCACCGCGCCUCCAACGCCGACUACCGCGGCAGCGGCUUCGACCGGGGCCACCUGGCCGCCGCCGCCAACCACAAAUGGAGCCAGAAGGCCAUGCUCGACACCUUCUACCUGAGCAACAUCGCCCCCCAGAAUCCUCAUCUGAAUCAGAAUGCCUGGAAUAAUCUGGAGAAAUACUGCAGGAGCUUAACCAAAUAUAACAAGAAUGUCUACGUCUGUACCGGACCACUUUUUCUACCCAGGAUGGAAGGAGACGGGAAGAUGUAUGUGAAGUACCAGGUGAUCGGCAAAAACCACGUGGCCGUCCCCACCCACUUCUUCAAAGUGCUGAUCCUGGAGAAGCCCGGCGGAGAGUUAGAGCUGCGCUCCUACGUCAUGCCCAACUGCCCCGUGGACGAGAAGCUUCCCCUGGAGCGCUUUCUGGUGCCCAUCGAGAGCAUUGAGCGGGCCUCGGGCCUGCUCUUUGUCCCCAACAUCCUGAAGAGAACGAGCAACCUGAAAGCCAUCACGGCUGGCGGCAAGACCUAAUCUUCCUCCAGACUUUUUUCCAGUGGCUGCCGGCAGAGCCGUCGUUCGUUGCAGUGCUUCCUCAAGUGGGUUUUGCAGGGGAAUUAAUCUUCUGCCCAGCUGCCCUUCAGGGGACCAGGUUGCAACACAGCCUGAUUGCCGCUUCUAGAUCUGCUUGGGACCUCUUUGGGCAAGGAAAUCAUCCCCCUUCUGGCCUCAAUGGUAGCAGAGUCUAGCUGCUGGGCUUCACCAUCAGGCAGGGCCGGAUCUAGGAGAGGGGCAGAGGGGGGUGCUUGCCCCAGGCGCCUCCGGAGGGGGGGGCGCCAAAUUGGGUAUGGAGUCCAUUCUGUUCUAUGGGCCCAUAAGGUAGAAUGGGCGCAUAAGGGGGCGCCUUUUUUAAUUUUGCUCCCCCUCAAAAAACAUGUAGAUCCAGUCCUGCCAUCAGGAAGGUGCCCAGAGCUCUACGGCUGUGGGGGAGGCAGGCCUGAGAAGGCUGGAUCCUGCUCCCGUAACAGCCGUUCACCCUUUUAAGGGUAUUCACUGGAAGGGGGCUGAAAGCAACCUAGUUUUUAGCGGCCAACAGCAGGGCAGAACUCGAUGUUGCGAGAGACUUGUGCAGCCCUGAACUCUCUGUGUUUUUUUCCUUGCAAAGUCAACGUGGAGGUUUUGUUUUUGCAGAGGGCUAGUCAGUGGAUGGGGGGUGGGGAGGGAACAUUGCAGUCUUAUCCGUCGGGAUCCGGGUGGUUCGAAGUGGCAUCCUCGGGACCCCGAACCGGAACCUAUUCUGGUGAAGGGUCAGAAACAUCACGAAGUGAAGGAGAUUCUCGAUGCUAAAGUUCAAAGGGGGGUCCUGCACUAUUUGGUCCGCUGGUGCUACUUUCCUCCCAGCUGUUCUGCAAACAUCUUCCCCCUCCCCAAAUUUAAUUGCCACCAAAUAUGUUGAAAAUAAGCUUGGUAAAGGUAAAGCAGUGGGUGGGUGGGGGAACUUGGAAGAAUUACAAAGGCUGGCCUAUUUCUUCGGCCCUUGCAUUUAUGUCACCUUCCAAACCCUCUAGCCUCUUCUUCCUGUUUUGCCAAGAUACCAUGCAGUUUGUCCCAUUGAACCCAAGCUGAUUUUUCUACUAGUUCCUGCAAGUGCUGCUUUCUGGGAAUAAAAAAAAGGUGAAAAUGCCAAAACAAAA